UUAUGGUGAGUUUAUAGUCUGUGUAAAUCACAUCACGGCUGUAAAAUCGUUUAAAAUUAAUUUUAAAACUAAAAGUGUCCAAAAGAAUCACUUCAAGAAGAGCUAGUUAGAUUUAGACGAUUAUUUAAACUCCAUCGUUUUCUUGUUUUGCUUUGCGAGGCUUUUGAAACAAUGGCAUCGAGUCACAAAGAAACUCUUCCAGAAGGAUGGGAAGCACGCGAAAGCAGAAGUACUGGUAUGAUAUACUAUUUGAAUAAACAUACGAAGAAAUCCCAGUGGGAUAAGCCCGAUGAGCCAGCUCCAUUGGUAGAUGCGGAAGAUGAUGACGACGGAACUCCCAGUCAAGUGCAGUGUAGCCACCUGCUUGUCAAGCACGCUGGAAGCCGCCGACCCUCCUCUUGGCGGGAAGAUCAUAUCACUAGGACCAAGGAAGAGGCUUUGGAAAUUGUCAAAGAAUAUCGCCAAAAAAUCAUAAACAAAGAGGCUACAUUUGAAGAGUUGGCUCGUGCGUAUUCUGAUUGUUCAUCGGCCAAGCGUGAUGGAGACUUGGGACGUUUCAAGAAGGGCCAAAUGCAGAAGCCAUUUGAGUUGGUGGCUUUUUCACUACAAGUCGGACAACUUAGCGGACCGGUAGAUACUGACUCAGGUGUUCACAUCAUUCUUAGAACUGCUUAAUUUGGUAACUUUUUGAUUAUUCUGCCAUUUUUACAUUCAGCUUUUAGUUUGUAGUUAAGUUGAUUGUAUUGUAAAAUUGAGUUGGUUAUACUGUAAUUAUGUGGUAGGUAAUGAAAUGAAAUUUGUUUAUUUGCUUAAUAUGGGUGGCUUACAAAAGUCUAAAUAGUCCCUGCAUAUUUACUGAAACUUCAGCAUGCAAAUAUUAAUAAUACUCUACAGGUAAUUUGUAC